GUAUGUCUAGAAGUUAUUAUUCUAACGAGAGUACUCUUUGUAGCAUAUAAUCCUCUUCCAAAUGCACCGAAAAGUUAUAAAUCGAAGCUUAUGAAAAACCGUAUAAAAAAAAAUUAUAUAUAUAUUGCUUUCGAUCAUCGUAACUGUGAAAGAGGGGAAAAAAUGCAUUUAUAUCGAUUUAUAUAUUUACAUUUUAGGAAAUUUAAGGCUUAUUUUUAUGUUCGCAUGUUUUUCUGUAGAAAACAUCUACUUUUUUAUUUCAUAUAUUAGUGAAUUAAAAAAA